UAAUAAGAUAAGGUGCAAUAAUUAAGCAAAUUUUGAAAACGAAAGAAAUAAAGAACAAGACAGUUUCUGUUAGAAGCAAGAAAUCAAUAGCAUUUCUCAAGAUUCAGACAACAAAAUGGAGGUGUUUCAGUUAGUUUCGAUGAUUCUGGUUUCUUGGUCUGUGCUGGUUUCAGCAGACAGAUCAACUUACAUUGUACACAUGGACAAAUCUCUCAUGCCUAAGGCAUUCUCCACUCACCAUCAUUGGUAUUCUUCCCUUCUUAAAUCAGUAGCUCGGACGUGGCUCGACGCCGACGGAUCCGAGCCGAAGCUCGUCCACACUUACGACAACGCCUUUCACGGUUUCUCCGCGGUGAUGUCGGAAUCCGAAGUGGCAGCUCUGAAGAAGUCGCCGGGCUUCCUCUCAGCUUAUCCCGACGAUGUCGUGACGCCUGACACCACCCAUUCCUACAAGUUCUUGUCUCUGAACACCGCCACGGGGCUGUGGCCGGCGUCUCAGUAUGGAAAAGACGUAAUCAUCGGCGUCGUGGACUCGGGGAUCUGGCCGGAGAGCCCGAGUUUCAACGACGACGGGAUGACCGGGAUCCCGGCCAGGUGGAAGGGGAUAUGCCAGGCAGGCGACCAAUUCAAUUCGUCGCACUGCAACAAGAAACUCAUCGGAGCAAGAUACUUCAAUGAAGGAUCUCGAGCUUCCAAUCCUGAUAUCAACAUCACGAUGAACUCGGCCAGGGACGAGUCCGGUCACGGCACUCACGUGGCAUCCACGGCGGCGGGGAACUACGUCGACGACGUUUCCUUCUUCGGUUAUGCAGGUGGAAGGGCGCGAGGAGUUGCUCCUCGCGCCCGUCUGGCUGCAUAUAAGGUGACUGGUUGGGAUUCGGGGAGCGUCGAAUCCGAUGUGCUUGCCGGCAUUGAUCAAGCAGUGGCUGAUGGAGUCGACAUCCUGUCAAUUUCUCUGAGCUACCUCCGGACUAAUCUGUACGAGAAUCCGAUCGCAAUAGCAGGAUUCGGCGCGAGGGAGAAGGGUAUCCUUGUCUCUGUCUCAGCAGGGAACCGAGGCCCGAGCGCUGCAACGCUGCUCGAAGGCAUCCCAUGGGCGGUGAUCUCUGCGUCGGGGACAAUUGACCGGUGGUUCGCCGGCACGCUGACUCUCGGGAACGGCAAAGCUGUGACCGGGUGGACUAUGUUUCCGGCGAGAGCCGUGGUCAGAAAGCUGCCUCUUGUUUACAACGAGACUCUAUCCGCCUGCAGCUCGAGCGAGUUAGUAGCGGAGGCUCCUGAUGAGAGCAUCAUCAUAUGCAAUAUCACUGAUGAAAGCACAGAUUUCUCUUCCGUGAUGAGUUAUCUGUCGCAAUCGAAUGUCCGCGCAGCCAUCGUGAUUUCUGAAGACACGAGCAUACUAAGAUCCACCUCGUUUCCUUUCCCCGGAGUGGUGAUCAGUCCCUCGGAAGCAGAGGGCGUGGUCAGCUACGCAUCGUCAAGCGAUACGCCAACAGCAAGUAUUGAUUUCCAACAAACCAUUCUUGGAACAGAGCCACGAGCUGCCCCGGCCGUGUCGGGUUCCUCGUCGAGAGGCCCCGGCCGGAACUAUCGAGAAAUCUUGAAGCCGGACAUAAUGGCUCCGGGAGUCCUCAUCUUAGCAGCAUAUAAUCCAUAUUCUUCUGAAGCCAGCAUUGGGAGCAACAUAAACCUUGCAAGCGACUACACUCUGCUGUCUGGAACUUCAAUGGCUUGCCCUCAUAUAUCCGGCAUUGCGGCGCUCCUCAAAGCCGCACAUCCCGAGUGGAGCCCUGCAGCUAUCCAGUCAGCGAUGAUGACGACCGCAAAUCCACUGGAUAAUACCAACCAACCCAUCAAGGACAUGGGCUUCAACUAUCGUCUUGCCACCCCUUUAGGCAUGGGAGCAGGGCAGGUUGAUCCCAACCGCGCACUUGAUCCGGGUCUACUUUACGACGCAACCGUGCAAGACCACGUCAAUCUUGUCUGUUCCAUGAAUUUCACCUCGGAGCAAACACGCACCAUCAUUAGAUCAAGUUACAACUGCUCGAAUCCAUCCUCGGACUUGAAUUACCCGUCUUUCAUUGCGCUGUACGACACUGAAGUAAACAGAACGACUACAAGUCAGUUUAAGAGGACUCUCACAAAUGUAGGGAAAGGUGCAGCUACAUACAAAGUCAAGGUAGAAGAGCCGAAGAAUGCGACGGUCAUAAUAUCACCAAAGACGUUAGUUUUCCGAAAGAAAUACGACAAGCAAAGCUAUUCUGUGAGUAUUCGUUAUACCAGAAACAACGAGAUCGAGCUUGAGACCACAGAUGGUUCACUCACUUGGAUUGAAGUGAAUGGCAAGCACACAGUCAGAAGUCCCAUUGUGGUCUAUCCUAGACUCAACAACGAUGAUGAUUAGUUUAAUUUCAGCAAAAGUUUAAUCAUCUCUAUUUCAAACAUCUUCUACUAUCAUGUUCUAAUAACAAAAUGCAUUUCAUGCUUUCCUUCA